AUGGAGUCGCAAAGCUUGGAGAGGGCUUCACAGUAUCUCAAUAACCUGUUGCUGGCUCGUGCCUUACUGUCCAAUGGCAAACCCAUCGACUUUGCCACCCCUGGGCAGGAUGGCCAAUCUACCACUGCCACCAUGUCCCGCGUCAUUAACCUAGUUCAUGAUCUGAUUUUACGACGCGACCAAGAUGCGGAGCAAAGAGACUUCCUGACCACAAGCAUAAAGACUGCUCGAGCCGAAGAAAAUGAGCGCGUUCUGGACCUGCAACGCCUACAAGAUAAGAACAUGGAUUUGGCUCGACAAACUGCGGCGGCUGAAGCGCAACAAAGGACAUUGAAAGAGGCUGCCCGCAAGGCCGAAUCUCAAGCCAAAGAGCUAAGGGACCAAAUGCUGAAGAUGAAAUCCACACUCGAUCAAGUGCGGGCCAAAUGUUUGAGCGAUGUACGGAAGCGCGAUGUCGAACUCGAUAAACUCAAAACGCACCUGGCAAACAUGCAGCGUGGAAAGAAAGAUGCUUCUGGUAUGAAAAUCAACGCCAUAAACUUUCAGCCUGAGAUCAAAGGCAGAGAACAAAGAAAUGGUCGUGACGUAACCCAUACAGAAUGGGGUCUGGAAAAGGAAACCAACGACUUACUUGCUGCUUUGUUAAAUGAGACGAGCGACGAGAAUGUGUCCUUGAGGAAGAUUGUCAUCAACACAAUGGAUACUCUGAAAGAUCUCACUGACCUAGAGCAAUUAUGUGAUAACUCCAAGGAUGAAGAAGAGGACGGCAUUGGAAUACCUGGACAAUAUCGAAAAUCAAGGCGCGAGGCAGCAGAGGCGGCCAAGGACCCCUCACUUGUGCCAGUUGACAAGCUUCGUGAACAGAUGGAUCUCAUCCUCCAACACUGUCAGUCAAUCCUGAAAGACCCAUCAUUUGUACCUAUUGAAGAGGUGCAGCUUCGUGAUGAGGAGAUUGUCAAGCUCAGAGCCGGUUGGGAGAAAAUGGCCAAUAGAUGGAAGGAAGCAGUUACCAUGAUGGACAACUGGCGCAGACACAAGCUUGAAGAAGGGGAAGUUAUGCCAGGACACGCUUUAUCGCGACUAGAAUUCGGUCGAAGCGUCGCGACUCUACCGAAUGGUCAACCAAUUUUCUCUGAUGACGAUGAGUUGUCGCAAGUACUUUACGAACACAGCCAUCUCGAAAUUGUAGAGGAGGUGACAGAAGCUAGCAUCAACCAAGCACAUACAGCAGAAAGGGACGUGGAAUCAGAUCUCGAACUUCCGCCAGAACCAGCCUCAAAGAGACGCAGUUCGGUCUCUCGUCGGACUGGCAUCAUGGGAAAGGCAGUUCGUCCACUACAACCAAUUGACAUCAAUGGCAAUCGAUCUCCAAAACGGAUGGAUGUUGGAGAGAUCUCAUCGAGGAUUAGUGCAGAUUCUGGUAUCGGCAGUCUGGAUGGGGGCUUUUUGGAUGAGAACGACGUCUCUAACAACAAACCUCAAUCUCGAAUUCCGCGACAGGCCAAGCGACGUGUCGAUCCUGUUCUGAGUGUUCCAGAAAAGCUGGCCGCUGUUGAGGCUGAAGCUGCAGAGGCUCAGAGACUGGAAGGGGGCAGUCCCGGGUCAAAAAAGCGCAAACAUGAGCAUGUGCCACGAUCAAGGAGAAGGGGAGGUAGGAGAAGAAGUACGCUCAGCCCAGAAGAACUUGCGGAAUUGAUGGGUAUCGAAUGA